AUGGUUGCGAAGGCAUUCAUCAAAUUUAUCGAGCCUCGGAAGUGGGUCCAACACCCUUACAACGGUGGCAAACCACCAGGAUCCGUCCCCGGUACUAGUGGUGACCCAGAAAAGACCAAGCCCGAGUGGUGGCCUCUCGGUGUUAUGCACAAGGAGCCUGACCACUUGAGAAAAGAGUACCGCAUUGGGCUCUUGCUUCACAUUAUCCGCAAACUCGGUCCUUACGGCAUUACUGCCGAUAAGCUUAAGGGUGUUGCUGGCGACACUAAGUCGAGCUUGAAGCACCCAUCCGAUGUCGAGAUCAUCUACGAGAUCCUCCGGGUUCGUAAGAUGGAGGAGCGUUUCGAACGAGGUGAAGUCGACGCCAACAUAGUCGUCUACAUCACGAGCCGCGGCCCUAGCCCUGAGGGUGAUAAAGAAGACGACUCCGCCACCUCAGUGGCCACUGAGGGGCCCGAGCACAUCAAUGUAGGAUUAAUGAAUCCCAUCCCAUCAUUCAAGCGAGCAUUUACCUCCUUGAACACACCUACUGACAGUAUCCCAUUAGCCUGCUCCCUCCCAGGAAGGCUCUCUAAGGCGGAGCCUCUCAACUUCCAGAAUCCUGCCCAUGACCCCUCCUAUGCCAAGCCUCAGCAAUACUCCAACUCAUCGUCGGAGUCCAUGUUCAGCACUCCCAUGACAGCGGGGAUAAUCUGCGCGCACAACGCCUCAGGCUUAGCCUUCGACUACACCGCUCAAAUCUACCCAAACUCCACUCCAGGAGUAGCCGGUCACUACGACAGCUGGAGUUAG